AUGGCCACCUUGACGAAACACAAUCCAACGUCGGUGGACCGGAAAGGCCCAAUACCGGAAUACGACGCCAGAGUGAAAUCUGGAAGGUUAAGAGAAGACGAGCACCAAAGAGGGCUUAUAGCUUCACUACAAGAUCUGCACAACACUCUUGCGAGAUACAUACCUGAUCCGGUGAUACGACCCACCAUCGAGUCUCUUCAACCGAAGAAGCCAUCGUUCCUCAGCAGCUUAUUUGGAGCGGGCGGAGAAAGUAGCCAGGUCAAAAUGCAUCCUCCGGAGAAUCUACCGAAAGGGCUGUACAUGUAUGGAGACGUCGGAAGCGGCAAAACCAUGCUGAUGGACUUGUUCUUUGACACGUUACCGUCCAACAUAAUACACAGGACUCGCAUCCAUUUCCACAACUUUAUGCAGGACGUGCACAAGCAGUUGCACAAGAUGAAGGCACAACAUGGCUCUAGUCUUGACUGCAUACCCUUUGUUGCAGCAGAGAUCGCAGAGAAAUCCACGGUCCUCUGUUUCGACGAGUUUCAAUGCACGGACGUUGCAGAUGCCAUGAUCUUGCGGCGACUUAUGGAGAGCUUGAUGGCUCAUGGCGUUGUGCUAGUCACAACCAGUAAUCGACAUCCAACGGAACUGUACAAGAACGGCAUCCAGAGAGAGUCUUUCAUUCCCUGCAUAAACCUUCUUAUGGACCAGCUUCAGAUCCUCAACUUGGACUCGACGACAGACUAUCGAAAGAUACCUCGACCUCCUUCCGGCGUUUACCACCACCCUCUGAACGAGGCUGCCAAACGGCAUGCCGAGCGGUGGUUCAAGUUUCUUGGCGACUUUCAAAACGACCCGCCGCACCAGGAGAUUCAGCAUGUCUGGGGCAGACCAAUUGUGGUCCCCCGAGCAUCUGGAAAGGCUUGUUGGUUCGACUUCAAUGAGCUCCUCGGCGGUGCCACUGGAGCUGCGGAUUACCUGGAGCUUGUACAGCACUACCAAGCGUUCAUAAUUACAGGAGUACCUGGGAUGAAUUACAGAUCGCGUGACCUGGCACGACGGUUCAUCACCUUCCUCGACGCGAUAUACGAAUCGCGAGCGAAGUUGGUGCUCACGACCGAAGUGCCUCUUACGCAACUCUUCAUGGCACAGAACGAGAUCAAGGAAAUGAUUACAUCAGCCGCAGAUGCGGACGUCGAUGAUGCGAUGAGAAGCCUGAUGGAUGACCUGGGCAUGAACAUGGACACGUUGAAGAAGAGCAGUAUGUUCUCGGGUGAUGAAGAGGCAUUCGCAUUCGCUCGAGCUCUCUCCCGUCUGACCGAGAUGGGAAGUCAAGAGUGGGUAGAACGAGGCCUGGGAAUGGGUUCCAGUGGACAGAAGGACGCCGAAGACUGGAAGAAGGUACGAGGCUCCUGGCGACAGGACAGUUAUUGA